AUGCGGAACCUAAUGAAAUUCUGCAACGACCGUUCUAAAAGAGGUAGGAAGGCACACCCGCUCACGCGCAUUGCAGCGACUGAAAAAUCGAAGACUGCCACACCCCCCCACACCCCCGCAAGCAGUCCGGGCAAGGCUUCAUCUCUUCAAGCUCGAGCAGAAAGGGGGCCCGCUCUACAUAAUGGUACCCGUCCGUUCACCUACCGUUGGAACCGCGACGCCCCGUCCCCCGGCCGCGGCCGCUUCUCCAGGACCUGCGGCGACGGCAAUAGAGCGAGAACGGAGUCCCCGGGUGGCUCCGCGGCCGGCGAGCCUCCUCCUGUGGCGGCCGCUGGCGGGACGCUGAAGCGACGGCUGCGGCGCGGGGCCAGCCCGAGCACCUUGGAAAGCGGAGAAGACUAUGGAAACACCCCUCCCUCAUUCCCAUGUAGUCGUGCUAUCUUCAGAAGGGGUUACUUGGAUCCACUGGUCUAUCAGUUCAAGCCUCAAACCAUGAAAAAGUUUUGCUACUUAAAUGCAAGUUUCUCCUGCCCAUCUAGACCUAAGACAUGCUUGGCUCUUCUUAACUCUGAUAUUGGAUCUAGACAAGUAAUCAACUCACAGAGUGGCUGAGAGAUUCACACCAGCACACUUUUUUUUUUUAUUGUUUUCAAAUGUAAAAAUAAUACGUAAUAUUGGGAAUAUUCAUAACAUUUAGCAGAAUAAAGAAUAGGGGCGCCUGG